UUGUCCUUGAGGAAAUUUCUGUUAUUCUUUCUGAUUGAGAAAUGGAAUACGAUUUGCUGCUGCUUCAGAAAACUUUGGUUGUUUUAUUUUGUUUAACUUUGUUUUGGAAGAUCAUCAGGCAUAUGUGGAGUUUCCUAAUUCUAGAAAAAGAUCCUGUGAUAGUACUAGUAACUGGUGCAACAGGGCAAAUAGGAUAUGCUCUUGUUCCAAUGAUCGCCAGGGGAAUCAUGCUAGGUCCUGAUCAACCAGUGAUUCUGCACAUGCUCGACAUUGAACCUGCAGCGGAAUCCCUGAAUGCCUUGAAAAUGGAACUGAUUGAUGCUGCCUUUCCACUUCUCAAAGGUGUUGUUGCUACUACGGAUGUUGUUGAAGCUUGUAAAGGUGUCAAUAUUGCUGUCAUGGUUGGUGGAUUUCGGCGGAAGGAAGGUAUGGAAAGGAAGGAUGUGAUGGCUAAGAAUGUUUCCAUCUACAAGGCUCAAGCUUCAGCUCUUGAGAAGCAUGCUGCUGCAGAUUGUAAGGUUCUAGUGGUUGCCAACCCAGCAAACACCAAUGCACUUAUCUUGAAAGAAUUCGCACCUUCGAUACCAGAAAAGAACAUUACAUGUCUUAUUCGACUCGAUCAUAACAGGGCAUUGGGCCAGAUUGCUGACAAGUUAGAUGUUCAAGUGAGCGAUGUGAAGAAUGUCAUCAUAUGGGGCAAUCACUCUUCGACCCAAUAUCCAGAUGUGAAUCAUGCAACUGUCACCACCAGCAGUGGAGAGAAAUCUGUCAGAGAACUCAUCGCUGAUGAUCAUUGGUUGAGCAGUGAGUUCAUAACGACAGUACAGCAGCGCGGCGCUGCCAUAAUCAAAGCUCGGAAGCUAUCUAGUGCUCUGUCUGCUGCAAGUGCUGCCUGUGAUCAUAUCCAUGAUUGGGUUCUUGGGACUCCCAAGGGAACAUGGGUUUCCAUGGGAGUGUACUCUGAUGGUUCUUAUGGAAUCCAACCAGGCCUCAUUUAUUCUUUCCCUGUUACUUGUGAGAAAGGAAAUUGGUCCAUUGUGAAAGGGCUGAAGAUCAAUGAGUUCUCAAGAGCAAAGAUGGAUACAACAGCAGAGGAGCUCGCUGAGGAGAAAUCAUUGGCUUAUUCAUGCCUCAAUUGAAACUCAACUCAUUAAAUUCCAUAUUCCAGCAAAAAAAAAUAAAAAAUAAUAAUAAGAGGAGGAAUUUGUAAUUUACUUUAAUUUAGUCAAAUAAUAAAAUUGAAUAAGCAUUGCUUC